CGAUUUGAAAUUUCGGGCGGUUGUUGGUGGCGGUUCGCGCUCAACGGUGUUUUUAAAGUUCCAAAUUCGAACGGGGAGGAGAGAUUUUUCUAAAAAUGGGGACACACAAGAAUCAAUUGCUUCAAAUUCGCCAAGUCUUUGAAAUGGCCCAGAAAGGACAUCAAAAUCUGGCAAAGCUGGUGGCAAGUCUUAAGCAAAUGUAUAUUCAGUUGCAGGAUGAAUCUAAAAAUUCUUUUCAUGAAGAAUUUAUCAAUUUGUUGAAGUAUCCCAUGACCAUUUAUAAGCGGGAGCCAGCAGUGGAAAGAGUGAUUGAGUUUGUUGCAAAGUUUGCAACUUCAUUUGAACAACCUGUGGAUGAGGAAGAAAGUGAUGAGGAUGAAAACUCUUUCAUGCUUUAUCUCUUUCACUUUCUGCUUAAGUCUCACAGUGCAUGCAGCCAUUCUGUUCGAUUCCGUGCCUGUCAGCUUAUCAACCGGCUUCUUGGUAGCAUGUCAGAGAAUGCACAGAUUGACGAUGAACUGUAUGAUCGUAUAUACGAAGCCAUGCUGGUGAGGUUAAAAGAUAAGUUUCCAAAUGUACGAAUACAGGCUGUGCUUGCCCUGGCCAGACUUCAGGAUCCCACUGAUGAAAACUGUCCAGUAAUUGAUGCAUACUUGUAUUUGAUUGAAAGUGAUACCAAUCCAGAGGUGAGACGAGCAGUAUUGUCCUCCAUAGCACCAUCAGCCAAAACUCUUCCUAAAAUCAUUGGGCGUGCUAUGGACAUUAAAGAUUAUGUCAGAAAAUUAGCCUAUGAGGUGUUGGCAGAGAAAAUACAUAUAAAAGCAUUUUCCAUUGCCCAGAGAGUAAAGCUUCUUAAGCAGGGUUUGACUGACCGUUCAGAUGCUGUAAAAGAAGUGGUAAAGAAAAAGCUGUUGCAGGCUUGGCUUCGCACAUUGGAUGGCAACGUUUUAGACUUGCUCCAUUGCCUAGAUGUGGAAAAUUGUGUUGAUGUGGCGGAGUCUGCACUUAAUGCUUUGUUUUCUCAAAGCCCUCUUGAGGAAUUGGUUGAUAAUUGUCAAAAUCUAAAUAAUGGAAAAAUGAUACCAGCAGAAAAUCUAACUUGUGAGAAUGCUCUGUACUGGAGAUGUCUCUGCAACUAUAUGAAAUCAAUGGGAGAUAAAGGAGAAGAAGCCUUAGAAAAACUUUUGCCUGAAGCAGCUAUUUAUGCAUCAUAUCUCUUGAGAUACCUGAAAAAUCUUCCUGUCCUGAAAGAAUCGAUGAAAGCUGACUUUGCAGAAGUUGAAGAUGUAAUGAAGAAAGAAUUCAUAAGCCAAGAGCUGCUUAGUCUUGUUAGUUGCCUGGAUACAUCUGAAGAGGGUGGCAGGAAAUGCAUGCUGUCAGUGUUGAAGGAAAUUCUACUGUUGCCCAAUACACCAAGUUCUCUUGUAGCAAAAUUGAUGAAACAAUUGCUCAGCAUCCAGAAAGAUGAUGAUAGAAGGAUUUGGCUGGUUGCGGAAAUAAUAUCAGAUGUCCGACAGCCAACUAUUCAGGUUGAUGUACCAGAGAAUGCUGAUGAAGAAAGGAAGAGACAAGUCAAGCUUGCCAAUAUUAAAGUUCAACUGAUAGAAGCGAAACAAGCACUGGAAGAGAGUAUAGCUACCCAGGAUUUCAUUUCUGCUUCAAAGUUGAAGCAGAAAAUUGAGGAAUUGGAAAACAUCAGAACUGAAAUGAUAAAGGCAACUGAACAACCAGAAGUUAAAGAAGUUUACACUGAAAAGGACGACCCUGAAACAAUGUUAAAAUGCCUGAUCAUGUGCAAUGAGCUUCUCAAACAAAUGGCUGUUACAAAGGGUCUGGGUUCAACCCUGAAUGGAAUCACAGAAGCUUUGAUACUACCGAGUAUUGCAAAUGUUAAUCCUGCAGUAAGAAAUAUGGCAGUCUUAUGUUUGGGUUCAUCUGCAUUGCACAACAAAGACUUAGCGAUUCAACAUCUGCCACUGUUAUUGCAGAUUACUCAACUUGAUGAGGCCAGGGUGAAAAUAAGUGCAUUACAGGCAGUUUUUGACAUUCUGCAAGUAUUCGGAAUUGAGGUUUUCAAACCUGACAAAUCACAAGUUAUACAAAAUGAGGAGAUUAGUAGUGAAACAGAAAAAUCAACAGCUGAAGAAGUAGCAGAGCCUUCUGUGGAAACGGACACAGUUAGCAGUAUCCUUACACUGCUCUUAGGAUAUUUAGACAGUGAGAUAUCAGAACUGAAGACCGUAGCUGCUGAAGGCUUUGCUAAACUGCUUUUUUCUGGAAGACUUUCUAGUCCCAAACUCCUUACCCGGCUUAUUUUGUUGUGGUAUAACCCUGUGACUGAAGAGGACACCUUCCUUCGACAUUGCCUAGGGGUUUUCUUUCCUUUGUAUGCACUUACCAACAGGAAAAAUCAAGAAUGUUUUCAGGAAGCUUUCUUACCUACUUUGAGGACACUGUUCUAUGCACCAGCUUCUUCUCCUUUAGCUGAAAUUAAUACACUUCAUGUGGCAGAGCUUUUUGUGGAUUUGACCCGUGUCAGUGCAACUAAUUCGCAGAACAAACAAAUUGAAGACUAUCAGGAACUUACAGUUCAUGACAAUUUGGCUGUGAAGAUCUGCAAUGAAAUAUUGAAGGAUCCGGAUUCUCCAGAUGUUCGAAUAUUGAUCAAAAUUCUGGGGCUGCUUGAACUCUCUCCAGGACCAUCACCAUACACAGAGCAGUUGCGUGUUCUCCUGGAUGACAUUAAGGAAAUGAAAAACAAAGUAAAUCAACGAGUCAUUGAGAAAAUUAUUAUUCACUUAAAUGGAGGAUCAGGAAAAGGUGAAAACUAUAAAGGUGACAACACAAUGGAAGGAACAAAAGAACUUGACAAAGAUGAAAAUAAAUCCAAAGUUGCAGAGAGUGUAAAGGUUUCAGAACAACAAAAUACUAAAACAGUAAAUGGUAAAGGGGGAAAGGAAAUGAACAAAACCAACAAAAAAGGGAAAGGUUUAUCAACUGCCAAGUCUGUAACCAGAAGCAGAAGGACCAAGAGAGUACCAGAUUCCUCUGAUGAAUGUGAGAGCCACGAAUUUGUAACUCCAGCUCCUUCAGUCUCCACAAGAUCUUCAAGACGAGCAAAAACAGCGGCACUAGAAAAAACAAAAAUGAAUCUUUCUCAAUUACUGAACAAAGAAGAUGAUUAGCUUCAAGACUUUUUUUCACAUAUCUGCUAUUACUUUGCAACAUUGUGACUUUUCUAUUACCAAAUAAAUCAGCUGUUGCAUUUAUUAGAUAACAUUAAAUUGAAAUGCUGCUAUAUUUAGCAUUUUGCCAGUACCACUUAAAGGUACUAACAUUUUAUUGAAGAUGCUUUCUGAUACCUUAAGCUUAAAAGUUGAGAUGAUAUGAGCAAUAGAUUUAGUGUCAGUGUUGUGCAGUAUAUUAAAUAUUUGUUUAAACUGGGCUAUGAGCCAAAACUGAUUAUAGAGCAAAUAUGUGAAUUUUUAGGUAAUGGGCAUUUGCGUUGCCUAAUUAGAUGUUUUAAGAUGUUUUUUUUCUAGAAAAUAUCUUUCCACUAGGCAUCUACUUAAUGAAAGUGUAUUAUUAAUCUGAGCAACCAUGAUAACUAAUGAGAAAAUUAUUAAUUAGCAAUUCAACUGUUUUAAAAGUUAAGGACUAGUGAAAUGACCAAGAAUUAAUUGAGAAGGCUAGGGUCUUUGGCUUAGUGAGGUCAGACUCUCAUUUCAUUUCAGUCAUAUAUGAACCAAUAUUAUUCUUUAUGAGUAGCUUCUCUUAUUUUAGCAUAAAACUGUCAAUAUAUUGCCAGUGGAAAAAUAUUAAAAUUAUUUCCUUUUUAUUGCACUGAAAAAUGGCUUUUCCAAUGUGAUUUCUUUCUUUCCCUCUGGUAUGUGGGAAACUUGGUGUUGCUUACAGCUGAUGUUGCUUAAAAUUUUAUUACAAAUUAAACAAUGUUUUCCUAAUUGAGGCAAUGUGUUGUUUGUGGUUUAAGCUUUUAUUUUAAAAAAUGUCUACAAAAUAGCAUGUUUUGAGCUUUUCAAAACAUGGAAGUUUGUUUUUUAUAUAGUGUUGUGUAGCUCCGAGUUAAACCAUUGCCUUAAUCAGCAAUAAAACUGGUUGAAGGAAUGCAUAGUUAUAUUGACAUUUUCUCCACCUGAACUGCCAAAACUGUAUAUACUUUGGUUAUUAAAUCAAUACAAUCAAAUUUAGAC